AUACCGAAUCGGUACUUAUGCAGUUAGCCAGUUAGGUGCAAGUUAAAAGUUUAUCGAUACAUUUAGCUGCUGUCGCGCAUACCGGCUGUCGCUAGCUCGUUUAGCAUUGGCAAUUCAUGUGCUUUUAGGGGUCCUCUCCGUCAUCCCAGAGCAUGGCAGUGCCAUUACCUCCUUGCGUGAUUGACUGUGGAACUGGAUACACUAAGAUUGGAUAUGCUGGUAACACAGAACCUCAAUUUAUCAUGCCCUCAUGCAUUGCAGUCAGAGAGACGGCCGGAGUGGGAGACCAGGCCCAGAGGCGACUGGUGCGGGGAGUGGAUGAUCUGGACUUCUUCAUAGGCGACGAAGCUAUUGAUAAGCCCAACUAUGCAACCAAGUGGCCAAUCAGACACGGCAUCAUUGAAGACUGGGAUAUGAUGGAAAAGUUCAUGGAACAAGUGAUAUUCAAGUACCUGCGAGCUGAGCCAGAAGACCAUAACUUUCUCAUGACAGAACCUCCGCUCAACACUCCUGAAAACCGCGAGUAUCUGGCAGAAAUUAUGUUUGAGACCUUUAAUGUUCCUGGGUUGUACAUUGCUGUACAGGCGGUUUUGGCCUUGGCCGCUUCCUGGACCUCCAGGCAGGUGGGAGAGCGGACGCUGACAGGGAUUGUGAUUGACAGCGGAGAUGGAGUCACUCACGCCAUACCCGUGGCUGAAGGCUACGUCAUCGGAAGCUGCAUUAAGCACAUCCCCAUAGCGGGCAGAGACAUAACCUACUUUAUACAGCAGCUGCUGAGAGAGAGGGAGAUAGGGAUUCCACCAGAGCAGUCCCUGGAGACCGCAAAGGCAGUCAAGGAGAGAUACUGCUAUAUCUGCCCUGACAUCGUGAAGGAAUUUACUAAAUACGACUCCGAUCCGGGGAAAUGGAUCAAGAAGUACAGGGGUGUUAAUUCCAUCAGCAAAAAUGAAUUUCUUAUCGACGUUGGAUAUGAACGCUUCCUUGGACCAGAAAUAUUCUUUCAUCCAGAGUUUGCCAACCCUGACUUCAUGCAGCCCAUUUCCGACGUAGUGGACGAGGUCAUUCAGAACUGUCCGAUAGAUGUCAGGAGACCACUGUACAAGAAUAUCGUGCUGUCUGGCGGCUCCACCAUGUUCAGGGACUUUGGGCGUCGACUUCAGCGAGAUCUGAAACGCGUGGUGGACGCACGCCUGAGGCUGAGCGAGGAGCUCAGUGGCGGGAGGAUAAAGCCCAAGCCGAUGGAGGUGCAGGUGAUCACUCAUCAUAUGCAGCGCUACGCCGUGUGGUUCGGGGGCUCCAUGCUGGCGUCCACCCCUGAGUUCUUCCACGUGUGCCACACCAAGAAGGACUAUGAGGAGUACGGCCCCAGCAUCUGCCGCCAUAACCCCGUGUUCGGAGUGAUGUCGUAAGGCCCUGGGCGGGACCAGCUCUGUGGGGCCCUCCCCCGGCCACUCACCCGCAGUAGAACACACUCAACAUUAGCGUUCAGAUAGCAGCUACGGAGGGGUAACCAAACGCCCUCGAACCCGGAGUGGGGGAAACCGAGACUUAACACUGGAAGCAUUGCAGGUAAAGCCAUACACUGGAUGACUGUUUUCGAGGAUUAGGCGAGCGCUGGGUGGGGGGUAGGGUGGGGUGGUGAGGGAGUGCUUUUGGUCCGACCACCUGCGGUGCUCUGCCCUUAACUUUGAGUAACAUUUCUCUUGUCUUUGUGUAGUUCUCACAGAACAUCGCCGGUCUCGCCGUCAUUGAAUCUACCCCAAAAAAUACUAUGACUAGAAAACAAAUUAGCGUAAUGUUUAUCCUGAAUUCAGUGGUUGUAGUAAAGGGCAAAGCAUAUUGGGACUAGAUCGAAUACACCCUCCCCAUCUCUCCCUUUGGCUUGCCUUGAGUUCCCCUACAGUAGAGCUUGUCUGUCUGCAUUGUUUCAGAGUUUAGUAUUACUCUCUAAUUACACAACAUAUGAACACGGGCAUCCAAAGCUAGUUUUAUAACAGCCCGCAUCGGAAAAUCUACAAAACUUUAAGCUUUCAAAAUUGUAUAUAUGAUUAUAUAUAUAAAUACGUACAUAUAUAUCUUAUAACAAAGUAUUUGAGAAUUAGUUUAUAUUUGUAUGAAAGAUAAUAGUUUAUCAUAAUCUGGAAUUAGUUGCUGGAUGGCGUGCAGUACUGAACUGAGUUAAAAGGAGUGCAUAGGUUUCAGUGCAAAAAAUGCACCGAGGUGU